AUGGAGCCCGCGCCUUCCGCGAUGGAAACCCCGAGUGGACUUCCCGGCGUCGCCGGCAGCUCGGACGAGAAGCAUGGCGAGCAACGCUGGGAAGCUCCGGCGUUGAACGGCGAUUCUGGUAGUGAUGUCAUCAAUGAUGUUUCAUGUGUGAGCAGAUUGAAGGACGGUCCGCAGGAUUCAGGAGCAGCGGACUCGACAGGGGUUUUUCCUCGGGAGCCCGGGCUAUCUCCUGAUCUCCAACAGCCUUGUACUGCCGGCCUUGAUUGUAAUGACCCGAGCGACAGGGAUUCGCGUCGCGAGGAGACGACGGCCGGAAGUUUUACACCGCCACCAGAGGAGGCUGUGAGUGACUUCAACAGCUCUAGCAGUAGUGACCGACGCAGGAGGCAAGAUAUUUCCCCUUCGGAAGGCGAGCGAGAGGAGGAGGAGAAGGGUGGGGGCGUAGUUGUCGCAAGAUUACCUCAACAUACACAGGAGAGAGACGUCGCACGGGGCAAGAGCAGCGACGAUGGGAACGAGACAGGACGAGCGAGAGACAACGAAGAUUCAAGCAGAGAAGAAGGUCUAGCGACCGCCGGCAAUGGUAGAAAGGGCGGGAGCGGGGACGACGACCACAACGACAUUAGUAGUGCGGACGGAGCGUCGUUCGUGAAGGACGACAACCUCUCGGGAUCGGAAGACGAGUUCGGCAGAGGGGUUACUAAGCACAUCGGCAACAAUCAGCAGCAGAAACGACGAGAACAACGGCAAAGGCUGAGCCAGUCUCCUACCGAGGAGCAGAGUGGUCGUCGGAGGGGCAGCAUCGGCAGCAGUGGGAGUAGCGGCAACGGGAAGGGCACGGACGAUACCCCCGCAAGGGCAGCGUUCGUGCGUCCCCGCCGUCUCUCAAUGGAGCGCGACUCCGAGCUGCAGAGGACUCUAGCCAAGGAACUAAUGGGGAUGAGUCGGGCGGCAGCGGACAAACCCGUAGGGGAGGAAGAGGCCGAACGAGAGGAAGAACACCGCCAAACGCUGCUGAACAUGACGCCGGGGGUCCUCGCCAGCCUUUUCGAUGAAGACGAUGACGACGGCGACGGCGAGUGGUUUCAAAGAAAUGCAGACCUACCGCGUCCUAGUACCACCGAUGGUGAUGGUUUUGACGCUGGUACCACGGACGCCGGGGUGAACAAGCGCCACCGCCGCUCUCUCUCCUCCCACAGCGAGUGCCGAGCCCCUUCCUGCUCUCGGAGAAGACGGAGAUCAGAUGAAGCAGGCAUCGCAGCCGAGUCGACACGAAACGACGACGUUCACGACGACAACGACGACGACUCCACCAACACCGAGGUGUCACCGACCCCGAAGAGGACGCCCUCUGCCACGCUUCGAGUCGAGACCAGGAACCCUUACCUUAGCCGCAGCAGCCACAACAGUGACAAAGGCGACGUCGAGCCGUCGUCUCGUCUGCAGAAGUCCUCCGCUUCUCGCCUUUCGAGAGGGAAGCAACGGAACGGCGGUACCACCUUGGGGGAUGCCGCCGCCGCUCCCGAAGACCCACGGUCAGACAGAAACGGCGACGGCGGGGGCGAGAAAACGGCAGGGUCGGGUGACGGAGAGAGAGAAGGAACAGUGGUGGUAGAGAGUGGCGCGGAAGGAGAGGCGGAGGGGACCGGCGGGGAGCAGAGGAGGGACUCGGAGAGCGGCCUGAACCGGCGACCGAAGGGCCCUGGACCAAUCGUCAUGAACGCGAGCCACUGCGAAUAUGCCGUCGUGCGAGAGUGCGCCCUAAGGCUCGGGUGGAGCCUGUGCGAGACGAAGUUUAGCCGCCACAGUGACCCUCUCACCAAAAAGCCGCGAACGGAUGAGGCAAACCCUAACAAGACGGCGGACGCUUCCUACACGUGCACCCACAAAGGCAUGUGUAACAAGCUCUGGAACGUCAUGUGGCACGACCACGGCAACUUCGAGGAGUACCUACAGGGCCUUCAGUCGUUCCAGUACUACAGCCACCUCCCGGGGCUCUCCUUCUUCGCCCGCAAGGCGGGCCUCGCGAUGCUCAUGUCGCGAAUGUACCACGAGGCCCCAAAGGAGUACAAGUUUUUUCCCGAGACGUGGGUGCUGCCGGCAGAAAUAAACGAGUUCAGGGAGGAAUUCGGCCCCAAGGGCACCAGCAAGUCGACUUUCAUAAUCAAGCCGGAUGCCGGGUGUCAGGGAAAGGGGAUCUUCCUCACGAAACAGCUGAGCUCGGUUGCUGCGCUGCAGGGCAAGUCUGUCGCGCAGCGCUACCUCACGAACCCAUUGCUGAUUGACGGGUACAAGUUCGACCUGCGGCUGUACGUGCUGGUGACGAGCGUCAACCCGAUGCGCAUAUUCCUCUUUGAGGACGGGCUCGUCCGCAUCUGCACCGAGGCAUACGAAGCCCCGACGGAGAUUAACAUCAACAAGACUACCAUGCACCUCACCAACUAUAGCGUCAACAAGACUAGCUCUAACUUCACGAGCGAUGACAUGGGAGAGAGCGGAUUCAAGCGGUCUGUCAAGUGGUUCAAGAAGUGGCUGGAUGAGCAAGGCCACGACAGCGCGGCCCUGUGGGCGCGGCUAGCCGACGCGUGCGUCAAAACGUUCCUGACGGUUGGCCCGAUGCUGCGUCGAGAGUACAACGCCGCCAACCCAACGCCCAGAGGCUUCGCGUCGGUGGCGGCGUCGAAAGGAAAGGCUGCCACCCCUACCCCGCCGCCCCCGCGGUCGAACUGCUUCACUAUCGUCGGGGUGGAUCUGAUGGUGGACGACGAGCUUGACCCAUGGAUAAUCGAGAUCAAUCAUUUGCCUUCGUUCAGGUGA